UCCGACAUGAAAGCUACUCUCGCCGUCAUUGCUCUGAACCUGUCGCCGGUGCUCGUGAGCGCGGCUUCUUACGGUCUGUUCGACUCAUCGACUUGUGUCAACAAGUCUGGCUUCGAGCAAUGCUAUAACUCUCUGGACGAGGCUUGGGCAUCGUGCGUCAGCAACUAUUGUGGGAAUCCGACUUGUGUUGCGAGCUGCAAGGGCGAUAACGCUUGCAUCCGCAAAAAUUGCCCGAACCUUGGUGUUGAUUGCAUCAACGCUUGUGAUUGUAUCCGUAACACCAAGCGUGUCGCUUGCGCGGCAGAAAGCUGUUGGAACNNCAGGUACGAUCAUAAGCUCUCUGCUGAACAUGCGAGUGUCGGGCGGAUUAGCUCACACACUGCGCAGGCCUACUCUUGCGAGUAUGAGGGAGCAGUCCUCGACGUAUUGAACACAUGCCUCAACGUAGACGAGGAUGCCAUUCCUUAUUUCUCAACCCCUGACUCGGCGCCAGGAUCGUGCAGUUGCAACCAGCUAGAGCUGGUCUCGACGCUGGAAAAGAUCGCCGAGCAAGUGACAACAUGUGGCAACAAUCAAACGAACUUGGACACACUGACGACCGCGGCGGAUGCCAGCGAUUACGGGUUGGAGUGCCUUUGCUGCNNCAGUAUACUUAUACUGUAUCGUCCGCUUAUCGGAGCCGACGAUUAUGCUUCUCUCUUCCAAAAGCACUACGACGAGUGCUCCAAAACGUUGCCCAACAUCGACUGUGAACGCGACCUCGGAUUCGGCGCAGCAGUAGGCGAUGCCUUGUCUGGCUACUAUACUUUCAACAGCCUUCCGGCGAACGGCACCGAAACAUUGUACAACAAGGAGGGUGCGCUGGCGUCGCCAACCCAAGCUACCAUUCUCUGGACGACGAAAUCGGGACAGACACCUAUCACGAUUGUCGCAGCGCAGGCGACCAAGGAUUUCGGCAAGACAUCUUCAUCUGUGGUAGCAAGCAAGACUGGUAGUGCAGUGGCUUCUGGCGGCCAAGAUGCUGCUUCGGCUUCUGCUUCGCCAACGUCCGAUGCAGGCUCUAAAGCACAAAUCUCGUGGGCCUUUGCGGCAGUCUGCAUGAUCGCGAUGAUUGUUUACUGA